CACGUUUCUGUGCGGCUAUGCAUCAUUGUGUCACAGACACAUACACACCCUCAAGUUUCAUGGUCCAACAAGGCUAUUUGCAUCAUGAAAUGUAAUCUGUACAAUACGUUAUGUGAGUGACAUAAGUGGGCUAAAGACAAGGAUGCCAAAAUAGCAUGGACAUUGCUAAAUUAGAAAUAAAUCCAGCAUCUUGAGAUGAGUCUGUAACUAUUCUUUAGAUUGCUGUAUCAAGCGUAAUGUCCAAAAUAUUGUACCCUUAUAUUUGUGGCCCUAAUAAAUCUAGGCAGCCAUACCCAUACAUUCAGCAACAUUGACUGCAUUGCACCUUUGUGUGGCCAGGGCUGAUUGAAGACAGUGGUGUGGAAAAAGUGCUUGGUCAUCAGAUUAAAAGUUUUCCACUCAUUUUGUGACUGCAUGUUUUAGUACAAUAUAAUUACUUCCAUCAAUGUGCUUCAAACACUAGCUGAGAUUAAGUGGAGGCAGUAUUUCCUUUACCAACUGUGAUUCAUAGCUUACUAUAAUAUACUGCAUGAAAUAUCUUACAAGUACAGCCAUUCACACAUGUAGCCUCUGUGUUUGUGUGUGUGGGCGCACUGUGCUGGGGGAAGGGUGUGCAUGUGUGUGUGUGCACAUAGACAAGGACAAGGAGGUUUGUGUCUCACUGCCCAAGGAGAAGAUUUUCCUGCUAUUGAGCCUCCCUCUUGAGUGUACACAGCUCUCUCUCUCACAGGCCAACACGCUUCACAAGCACCUCACCCUCGCAGGCGCCCGCCCCAGCCCCGUUGUUGUGCAGGAAAAACAGGCUGGAUAGCAACAUGUGCUAGGUGGGCCACACGUGGAAUGCUUCCCUGAGCCAUGUUUAGCUGGAGUUCCUUCAGUGCACUUAACUGCUUCUCUUCAAUCACAGAGACAGCUCGCUCCCAACUCCAGUUAUCCAAGGGUAUAUCCACACACCAAAAAGCACGAUUCCCCCUGGAAAAGGUUUUCUAGCUUUGCACAGCACAGUCUAAGAGCCACUGACUACCAUGAGUGGAAAACAAUGAGCCCCUUACAUGAUUUGGCUCAGUUUCGUUUGGGGGUUAUUUAUAGCUCAAUUUCUGCAACUGUUGCCUGUCCAGCUGUAUGUCAGGGUUGUUAUCAAGUAGUUAGUUGUUUAUCAGGAAUGUAUUGGAUUGUGUCUGGUUUUUUGUUGUUGUUAAGUGCACUCUUGAGGGGAGUGCAGUGACUGAAGUGAAAUUAUGGUAUUAUGAGUCGUGGGUGUGUUAUGUAAUCACAGUUAGUAGUCCCCCUCACCAAGUUAAAACAAUGGCUAACUGUGGAAAUUGCAGAAUGUCUGGGGUCAUUAUAGCACAUUGGGAUACAAAACACGGGUCUUCGUGAAAAGUAAAAAAAAAAAAAAAUAUAAAAAAAAUCCCAGCAGUAGGUGUCAUGUAGUAUUCCUGUUCCCUUUGCAGAACUUAAUAUCUUAGUUUGAGGAACUUGAGGGACACUAAUCAAGCAUCUAGUAAUAUUUUGUUUUCAGAGAAUUGGCUGGUCAGUGCAUUUUCAAGCCAAAGUACCGUGCGAAAGCUUCCAAUGCUUUAUUCAAUUAAUUAUGGGUAAUGAAGUAUGUCAAAGAUCUGUCUUGACUGUCUCUUGUCUGGAACGGAACCCUCUGUCUUUUAAAAUGUCUUCAUCGGGGUACAGGUAGAGGUAAUUUUUUUUUCAGGUGUGAAUUCUUUAGCCUUGCGUAAAAAGAACCCGGUCACACAGGUCCUGGAGGACGUCAGUGCCCAUAAAUAGACAAGCCCUCUGUCAUAUCGUGCCAGUCUGUUGUCCGGUUGGGCUUGUGACCUUUUGCAUAGAAUCCCGUCUCGGACAUGUGCCUUCUUUUGUCUGUUGCCUGUUUAGGUCACGGGGCCUAGUGUGACCACCAGCAUCCCAGUCUGAGGAAACAAGUGAAGAUGGGGGGGGGUCAUUAGUAAAGAGUCAACUAAGACAAUGAUCAGUCAUAUCACUGGGGAUAGUUGGUGGUGGCAUUUCACCAGGUAAACAUUGAAACUGGUCUCUAUCAAUGAUUGACAAAAGCUUUUUUGUAGUGGUUCACUCUCAACUUUGUCACACAGGCUGUGUAAUUUCAACUAGUAUUCAUUCUUCCUUUGUUGUCACAGGAAGCGGCAUAAUAAGUGCUGUGUCAUGAUUGGAAAGAAGUAGGCCACUUCCUGUCUAUUAUUUAUUUUUCUUUGGCUGGUCGCUGCACCGCAUCAUUUAGGAGGACAGGGAGUCCUUUAAUCUGUGUUUAGCUUCUUAUUCAGGACUUGGCAGGGCUCAAGUCGGGUGGCUGUGGAGGAAGAUCCGGAGCCUGUGUGCAGAUAUAAGUGAAACGGCAAACAGAGUGGAGAGCACUGGACUUAGCAUGCAGCUCAGGGGCCUAAUUUGUUGGCCACCUGCACUGGGUGAGAGUGGCGAUGCAGACCCCACAGAGAGACUCUGGGGUCCUUGUGGUGUGCGUGUGUACAGUCAGACGGAGUCAUUCAUAGGCUCAGCCUCCUGAGACCGACUGGAGCAAAGGCUGUAUCUGCCCUCCUCUGUUUGGGUCCCUGCAUGCUCAGACUCUGCAGUGUACCGAGACCUGUGACGUAGGGUUCUGUGCCAAAGGACAAAGAGUGGCCUUCGACUUGGGAGUCCAGGCUCAAAAAUAGACUGAUGAUGAGAGAGAGAAAUAAUUCCUGGCAAAUGGAAUGAUGUCCAAAACGUUCAUAGCGCCGCCAUUACCUUUGACUCCAUUCCCUUUAGCCUCCAGCCACUUGCCUAUUUAUGUCUGUUGUUUUCACUGCCCUUAUUCUGGACUGGCAAGGUCUGAGAAAAUGUGUCACGUUGCAAGGGUUUCCUCAUAUUUGCUUGUAUUUCCUUUACGAUAUUCACUGUUGGACGAGUCUCUCUUUAAAGUGCCUGUGAGGUUAGUAGUCAAUAUGGAUGGUAGACCGCUUCCUGCUUGCACUGACAAUAAUGCGGACAGAAUACAACAAGAUCUUUGUCUUUGUCAAAGUAAACUGCCCUAGAAUGACAAGUCUUAUAUCUGCUCACUGUUUUUUAUGAAAUCAAAGCUUUUAAUUGGAUCUUUUCUGUUGAUCCUGACAUUUCAGAUCGGGCUUUGAGGUCCUAGAUUGUUGUCUGUCUUGCUGUGAAACUGGCAGUUUAAUUGAAUGCUUUACUGAGAAUAGAGGACUGUUUGAAGUCUGAAUCAUUUAAUAGGACCAGUCUCUGACAGUAUAACAGAAGCCACAAUGGCAGAAGUUAUUUUCUUUUUUCCUUGAUAUCCAUGGAAGUGUUCCUCUGGCUGAUAAAGGCAAAAAUAAUUUGUUGUUAUCUUGGUUAUUAUUUCGUGCGUGCGUGCGUGCGUGCGUGCGUGCGUGCGUGGGUACGACAGCAGACACAGGUGAGAGUUACACUGUACCACCCAGUUUUCCGCUGUUUUCAACCCACUAAUGAAACGUUAGAACCUAGACAUCGAAAAUCAUCCAUCACCACACCAUUCUCUGUCCCUCCAGUGUGAUGUUAUUGGAAGGAAGCAGGGGGUUUAGGAGAUGAGCGAGCCACUGCUAUGGCCUUUCAUGUGGAGGUCUUAGGAUGGACAAUCUACUGUGUGUUUUCUGCCAAGCUUCCAGUGCUGAAUGCUACAUGUAUUUAUGUAGGCUUUUGUUAGCAUUACGAAAGUGGUGCGCUGUGUAACAAGUCAUGAUGUGCUGCUUGGCAAACUCCUCUCAGCCUUUCGACCCGACUUACCCUAGCCUUUGUCUCACCUUUAUUGGCAUGGCAUAGUUAUAUCUGUAUUGCCAAAGCAUGCAAAAAACAACAAUAAACCCCAACAAAAAGUCUCUCUUCUUUGUCGAUGAAAGCUCAAUAAUCUCUGUCAACAAGUCAAACGCAGGCAUGGAAAAGCCUGUACUGUGGCCUUAGGGGCCAGUUCGUUGUUGAGAUGGAUACGGUCAUCGAGGCAGAGGAAGAUUAGGAGGCAUUAUGGCUUUGUGCUCCGCGCAGCCUCCUUCACAAGCCCGGUGGUGUGUCCUCUGCUCCUCCUGAGGUCUUCAGACCCAGCACUACCGUUACCGUGUGGCCCGGCUUGGUGUUGGGUUCAGUGAAAUAAUUAAUCAGAUUAAAUGGUGGUGUGGCUUUACGGCAUUUAUGAAUAAUUCGUGAAGCGGGUGGGGAUUUAAGGGACAGCAGGCAAAGAUGAGGUGACAGUUCAGGUUUUUUUUAUUUUUAAUUUUACAAAUAGAUUUCUUGACACUGUCCACAUUGAUUUACUCUCGUUGACAAAUGAGGUUCUUUGAUUCUUCUACGUUGGAAUAUGUUGUUGGAUUGUAUUGAUUUGUUGUGAUGUGCAGAUAACUGCACUUACUAAGUGUUGGGGUCAACCCCUGUUUUUUGCAUUGUCUGACCAUGAGACUUUGCUUUAUCUGCCUUCAAAGCUGCUUCUGCUAAACAAAUGAUAGAUCUCACCUUGACCCCCUACUCAGUAGGUCCUACUGCAUUACAGUAAAUCAAGGAUGAUUAGGUCUAAGAUCCAGGCAUGUGCUAGCUUCAAAAACUGAAGCCUACAUCAUGUAAAUAUUUGUCCACCAGGGAAAUUAUUUGUGGUUUCAUGAGGAUUGUGUAAUUGAGUAAAGACAAAAUCGUAAUCUGAGAUAAGGUUCACCAGAUAAUUUGUUAUGGUUAAGAACUGGCAACAUCUACUGUGCUGGUGUGCCAGGAGGUUGUCAGAUCAACCUGGGAUUCACGCCAGUUGUCAGUUAUCAACAAGUGGACCACACCCUUUUUCUCCUCGUCCCACAAGUCAACCCUUUGUGCUGGAGAGAAGAUCUGACAAGGUGGAAUUUAAAAAAAAAGAAAAUUCAUCUCAAUGGCCCUUUUUGUGCAAAGAGGGGAGCGUGAUUUUCCACCAGUUCACUCUGCUAGUCAGGGAGGACCUUUUUACAUAACACCGUAGGCCCUGCGUUGCCCCAGUAACAACACGGAAAGGGUCAGGGAAAAUAUUUGAUUUAAAUCCGUACAUUGCACAGGGCCAGGGCCUAACCACCUCUCGCCUGGACUCUUCUUGCUUGGGAGUCUUUCCACACUCACACAGCUCAUUUUUCAGCUCCCUGGUGAACUUGAGAUUUGUUUCUCAAACAAGCCACCCUUGACUCUUAUCAGUGUCGAUAGAAGAGGACAAACAUCACUGAUACUUAUUUUGUUUUUUACCUUCCUCUGCUGCCUUGAGCUAGUGCACUGUAUGACCCUGCGGUUUAAAAGCAGUGGGUAUUUUUUUAAUUAAAUUUUUCGGGCUAUUGUUUUUGCACCUUUUAAAACCUUAUGGUUCUCACACUGCCUACUGCAGUCAGAGUGCUAUUGAUUGUUAAGUUUUCACAGCCAAGCUCUUAACACAAACCUGUGCCUUACAUGGGGACUUCAUCAAGCUAACACAUUUUGCUGUGCCACGACGGCCACGUUAAACUGAUACUCCCAUUUCACAAGUCAUGACCAGGCCACUAUAACCCAUGUCACUCUCUGCUGCAUAGACUUGGACUAAUUUUAAUACAGCAAGUCAUUUUUAGGGUUAUUUAUAGAACCGACUACACAGGCACUCUUGUCCCAAUAGGAGUACCCAGUCUAGUACCUCCAGCUGGUUCCUGCUGCUUUUCUCGAGUUAUGAAUGGCACCUUUAAUUGUUCAAGAUGAUUGUGUCCCCAUAUCAUUUUUUGGGUGUUUUCUGAAGAACCCUUGGGUGCCAAAGAACCCUUAAACCUUUUAGUUUUGUGUUUUUAACAUAGGGCUUUGCUUUUAGUUUUGUGUUUUUAACAAAGGGCUUUGCUUUUAGUUUUGUGUUUUAAACAUAGGGCUUUGCCGUCAUUAUAGAGCCUCAGAGUCAGGUUCGUCUUUGGCUCAUGGCCUGAAUCUGUCAUGGGAGAGACUGUGUUCUCUCAGCAAGACCUGUUCUGCUAAUGUAAAUCACUUCCAUUUCAAGACCUGGCCUGAGGCUGCCGCCUGUGAGAGCUUACAUGGACGACCUUACCACCCUCACCACGACCAAAGCUUGCACUGUACGGCUACUGAAAAAGCUGCAAGAUAACAUCGAGCUGGCUCGGAUGAAGAUCAAGCCGAGCAAGUCCAGAAGCAUCUCCAUCGUCAAGGGGAAGCUGUCAGACCAACGCUUUCUCAUUGGCGAUGAGCCUAUUCCAACUGUCUCUGAGAAGCCUGUGAAGAGCCUUGGCCGAUGGUAUGAUGCCUCCCUGGAUUCGAGUGAUCCAUUUGUAGCCCAAGCUGCACCCAUCCUGGCUACUGGGAGGAAGUGGACCCCACUGGAAGCAACCAAGCAGGCAAAGGCAGCACUCAAGCACAGGGACAUCGUGGGCCGAGUGCAGCACGGGAGGAGUGGUCUUGGAGCCGGAGCCAGUACACCGGCCUGCAACAAGGCUACUCUGUUCCAGAGACGCAAGCUGGUGGUCCAGGAGGUACGUCAGCAAGAGGAGGCAGCAAGGUGUGCAAAAGCUGUUUCACAGGCAAAGCAGGGGCAGUGGAUGACUUGGGAGGGAGUGGAGAAGAGGAAGAUCUCCUGGCAGGAGCUGUGGGAGAUGGAGGCAUUUAAGGCUAGCUUCACCAUCAGGGCCGCUUAUGAUGUACUGCCGUCUCCCAAGAAUCUUAGCCAGUGGUACGGAGAAGACCCGACAUGCUCCCUCUGCCCGACUCCAGCUACACUAAAGCACAUCCUGGUGGGCUGCAAGACCGGCCUCACUCAAGGCCGGUACACCUGGCGGCACAACCAGGUGCUACAGUGUCUUGCGGCAGUGAUGGAGAGUCGACGGAUGAGCGUCAAUGCCCUUCCUCCACCAUCUCGUAGGCCGGCAACAACAUUUGUCCGGGAGGGCGGGGGCCAAGCCACUCUCACCACCACAAGACCAGAAACUGGACAGCUAGGUGGGGCACGGGACUGGAAGAUGCUGGCAGACCUAGGCCAGAAGCUCCGAUUUCCAGCAGAAAUAGCAACAUCAAAUCUGCGACCAGACCUUGUGCUUUGGUCGGCCUCACUCAAGCAGGUCUAUAUCGUCGAGCUCACGGUGCCCUGGGAGAGUGCGGUGGAAGAGGCUUACGAGCGCAAGAAGCUAAGGUAUGCGGACCUUGCAGCAGACGCACAACAACGAGGCUGGAAAGCUAAGGUCUGCCCAGUUGAAGUAGGCUGCAGAGGAUUUGUAGCCACCUCAACAUCCAGGCUUCUUCGAGAGAUGGGAGUGCGGGGGAAGGCCCACAGGCAGGCAGUCAAAUACCUUUCCAGGGCUGCUGAAAAGGGAAGUCAGUGGCUGUGGAUAAAGAGGAAGGACUCCGCCUGGGCUGUCGGAUGAGUGAUGGCAUCUAGGGAGUGAGCCCGGGACGCCGGAUCUCACUGCUGAACCCUCUGGAGGUGUCGUGGGUCAAUCAGCGAAACAUCGAAGAAGGAGGGCGCCCACUUGACAACCCAUAGGAUGCCAUCAAUCAUUCGACCAACCCACAGAGUCUCGAGUAUGCAGAAAGGGAUAUUAACACCUUGUCCUACAUAAUAGAUCUGCAUGACCUUGUAUGCUUUCAUAGUAAGCAGAGUAGGAAAAAAAAAUAAACACUUUUCAUUCUUUGUCACUGUGGAAAAUGACGUAGAUACGCUUUGGGCAUUCCAUUUAUUUUCAAACAUCAGUUUCAUUUACGGAAGCCCAACAACAAGUCAUAUGUGCAGUGCUGGCUUGUGUCCAU